UAGUAGCGGGUCCGCGUUCUUCGCCGUUUGUAGACUUAAUCAUGCCAAACGAACGUAUCUAAUGUUAGCUAACUGUGUACAAUUUUAAACCAAGACUAAAGUGAUUGUAGUCCAAGCAGGUUGUAUAUAAGUGUUUAUAACAACUUCUGGGGUCAUUCUGGUGACUCUUAAAUGAUUUUUUAAGACAAUUAGAUGCAGCCGUAACUAUUUAACUGCCUGGACAACAGUCGUUUCUUAGCUAGCCCAAGACAGACUAGUCUUUAUUCAGUCUAACUCAUUUGCUUGGCUAGCUUGCUAGCUUGGCAUUUGCUGUAAUUACUAGCUAUUUAAAAUGUUAUUAAUAAAUUAGCUACCUAGCUCGUCUAGCAAUAUUACAGGCUCGUCUCAAAUGUUACUCAAAUCCAUAGACGACAUGACUUGAAUGAAAUGAGAUGGAUAGAGGAACACUCAAUCCAAAUGGAAGCCAUGGUAACUCAUCAUUGCAGAGCAUUUACUUACCCUCUGUUACCCAAUUUGAUCCCUGGCACAGCACUCCUGUCAAAACGAGUGAGAUACAGGAGAUGACAAGAAGAUUGACCAGAAGUUCCCCAGCCCCGUCGUCAAGAACACCUCAUCUCAUCCCACAAAACAGCCAGACCUUGUGUGAGAUGGAGAGCGCCACCAUCCUGAAGCAGCGUAGGGAGCUUCAGCUCCUCAUAGCGGAGCUCAAGGACCGCGACCAGGAGCUCAACACCAUGGCUGCUGCCCACCACAAGCAGCUCCUGGCCUGGGAACAGGACCGCCAGAGAGUCCUCACCCUGGAGCAGAGGAACGCUCGGCUGGAGGACGAGCUGCAGAAGCGUAACGAGGUGAUCAGGGCCGUGACUAAGCGUGCUCACGUCGUGGAGGCGAGGGAGAAGGAGGGGCGCCGGGAGCUGAACUCCACCCAGCAACAGCUUCACGAGAUGGGGAAGAAACAGCAGCACUCCAGCCAACAGUAUCAAGACCUGGAGGAGAGGAUCAAGAGCCUGAACUCCACUGUGAUGUCUCUGUCUGCUCAGGUGGGCGCUCUGCAGGUGAGGGAGGAGGAGCUCGGCGCCAUGCUCAGGCUCAAGGAUAAGGACGUGACAGAAGCCACAAAUCACAUCGUGGAUCUGUCUGGGUGUCGGAAGGAUCUGGAAACGUCUCUGAAGGAGAGCGGCUCCAGAGAGAGCCGGCUGCUGAGGGAGGUGGAGGAGAACAAGAGACGCUACAGGGAGGCCAGGCACGCCAACACACGCCUCGCAGAGGAGCUUCAGGAGCAGGUGAGGGAGGGCAGUGCCCAGAGAGAGGAACUCAUCCGCCUGAAACAGGACGGGCAGCUCCUACGCAGGGAACUGGCCUUGUCAGGUGAGGGAGAGGGCUGGAAGGAUGAGCUGCUGGGAUUGGCUCGCUCGAAACAGGAGCGCACUGAUUCAGAGCUCCACUGCCUGCGCCAGUUGUGUGAGAAUCAACAGAAUGACCUGCAGCUUCUGCAGUUAAACCUGGAGAGUGCGCGUGAGGCCUUGAAACAACAUGAUGGAAGCCAGGGGGACCUCAGCUGCAUCUUCCUGGAUGAACUCUCCCCUUCAUCACGGACUAGGAGGAAUCUUGGCCCAGCGAUUGGCUCUCCAGCAACCACCAAUCAGAGAGCUGCUGUCAACGGCAACCAGGAAACCCUCCCAACAUCUCCGGUGGCUGAUGGCGGUUGCUGCUCAACCAAUCGGCUGCAGCGUCUGCUGGCUGAGUCGAGGGAGAUGGUGUCCAGCCUGGAACGCUCCGCCCUGCAGACCACUAGCCCCUCCCACAACUGUGAUGCUGUCCUCGGGUUCGCCACCGGUCAGCUAAGCGGCUCCAGUGACUCCUCCCAUCACGCGAGCCGGAGCUCCCCCAAUCAUCCGCCCUCGCAGGCACACAAGGAGAGUGGAACUCCGCCCAGGGCCGCUCAGCGCCCCAACAGAACCCAGGAGCAUUGUGGGCUAGCAGGAAGCCAGGAAGGAGGGACCAGGGGUCAGAGGUGAAGCCUCCUCCAAGCCAAUCAGAACCAAAGACUCAGUCCUGCCGAGCCAAUGAAUGAAUACAAUUGUAUCUCAGGGAAUCAAAGAAGGACUUUUAUAUCUUUAAAAAAAAGAAGUUAUUAUUAAAAACAUGUUUUUACACAUUGAAAGUGUUUUAACUUUGUAAUAUUUUAGUAUAUUGAAGUAUUAUCAAGCAUCUGUGGUGUCUGAAGUUUAUGUACUGUAUAAUACAAAGGUUUAUUUACUGCCAAAUGUGUUUGAGGAACAAAGUUGGUCAUUCUUGAUCCAAAGCUAUUUUAGAGGUUGUUUUCUUUUUUGUCUCUUGUCAAUAUGUCUAACCAGUCGGACAGGGCUACUGAGCAGGGUUUAGUUAACAUUCCAGUUUCACUGUCUUCUAAACCUGAUGGGUGACUCACACAGGGGACUAUUAACUUGGCUAUAGAAACGGGGUUUAAAUGAGACCUGAACUGUACUCUGCAUUAGCAUAUUAUUUUGUGUCAUUAAUGUUUAUAUUUUUGAAGUAUUUUUAAAAGAGAAUUUUUUUUUCUAUUCAAAUAGAAAUUAAACCACUUUGUUC